AUGGCAGCCGCAGACACCCUCUGCUUCACUUUGUGGAUUGCCACGGUCUUCACCACCGGACUCGGCUGCCCUGAGCUCUGCACCUGCUCAGAUAAAUAUGGCCGCCACUUUGCUGAAUGCUCCUACAAAGACAUAGCUGAAGUCCCAGAUGGUUUUCCUUCUAAUGUUACAACUGUGAGUCUCUCCGCUAACAAGAUCAGUUUGAUACCAUUGGGGAGUUUUGACAAUGUCACCCAGGUGACAUCGCUGUGGAUGGCCCACAAUGAGAUCGUCUCCAUUGAACAAGGGGCCCUCACACCUUUGGUUCAUCUGCGUAACUUUGACAUCAGCCACAAUAAAAUCGUAGACUUUCCUUGGGAGGAUCUGCAGAACCUCACAGCCCUGCAUCUGUUGAAGAUGAACAACAAUGAGAUGGCCCACCUGCCGAGGAACGCCUUCUCCAACCUCAAAGAGCUGAGGUCCCUGCGACUCAACAGUAACAAAUUUAUAACUAUUGCUGAAGGGACGUUUGAUGGUUUGGUGUCUUUGUCCCAUUUGCAGAUUUAUAGCAAUCCUUUUGCGUGCACCUGUUCCCUCAACUGGCUCAGAGCCUGGAUUUCACUUUUCAACACCAUGUCAGUCGCGGAGCAGGAUUUGAUUAUUUGUGCAAGUCCGGAGAAACUUAAAGGGGAAGUGAUCGGAAAAUUACCUGAGUCAAGGUGCACAAGCCCAAAUGUCACAAUACGGACUGAACCAAAUAUUCAUAACACAACCCUCUAUGAGGCCAACACAUUGAUCCUGACCUGUGAUUUCAAAGGAAACCCGAAGCCACUGGUCAUGUGGAAUAUUCGCAGCAAAAGCCGGAGGCAGGAGCUGGUGUUGUCGUUCACCGAGGAUGACUCGGCAGAAUCAAAUGCGGACUCCUCACUGUCCCUACACCCUGUCAAAGUCUUUAAUAAUGGAACUCUUAUCAUUUCACAGCUUAGGAAAGAAGACAGCGGCAACUACAGCUGCUCGGCCACGAAUGAGUUUGGUAGAGCUGAUGAUUCAGUAUCUGUGAAGGUGGUGGCCUCACCCAAACCAACACCACCAACCCAAAUGACCACAACACCCACUUACACUGAAACACAAUCAUCUACACGACGACCAACAGACAAAAUAUCUAUUUUUGAUUCUGUGCGUCUUCCUGAUGUGAGGAGAAAAGACUUGAACAUGAAUGUUGUACCAACUGUCCCGCCCACUGCAGAGAUUAAUUCGGAGUCUUAUGAGGAGGAAACAAGAUAUCUGUCACGUGCUAGUAAAUGUGGCCUGACAGCAAAUACAAGAUACAUAUCUAGCCAUGUCUUUAACGGGAGCCUGGAUGAUAUAAAGCAGUACACAUUUGACUUUGGUGUCAUUGCAUUAGGGGUGUCAGAAACGGAGGCAACAGUUCGACUCAACCCUCUACUCAUACCCAGAGAGAAGAGCGCCAAUCGGGCCGCCACUACUGCCACAUCUGAAAGCCUCCUCAGUGACAGCGAAGAGGACCACGGCCCUUCAGACGUCUCUGAAGGAGUCCACUCCAGUGGCUUGUAUCUGUGUGUUACUGCUGAUCGCAAACACUCAGCUGUGCAGUGGUCGAGAAUCAAGGAAGGCGUCAACACUUAUCUGUUCAGCGGUUUACGCCCUGGCACCAACUACUCCCUGUGUCUGACCUACAGAGGGGAGGACUGCGAGGUCCAGGUGCUGUUCACCACCAGGAGGAGGGUGCCAAACCUGCUGAUCAUCAUCUCGGUCAGCAUCUGCCUCCUGACAGUGUCUACUGUGCCUCUGCUCGGCGCGACAUGCUUUCACCUGGUGUACAAAUAUCGCAGCAAGACGUACAAGCUGAUCCUGAAGGCCAAAGACCAGUACCACAUGGAGAGGAACCUCACCGCCAACUUUAACAUCCAUGCAUCUCACACUGACUCUCAGAGAAAGAUUAAUGUCAGUCAGCUGGACGAGGAGGAGGGGGAGACGGAGAGCAGAGACGGAGAUGGAGAGAAGGAGGCGGAUACAGAAGAAAGUGUGGUGACUGAGUCAUUUACUUUGUCUCAGUGUAGGGGGAAUUUAGACGACUGUGAGGUAGGAUCCGAGUACAGUGAUAGGCUGCCUUUAGGAGCCGAAGCAGUGAAUAUUAUAAGCAACUACAAAUAUCCAAAUCAGUAA